AAACGCAGAGCACUGAGCUCCAGACCUAGUGAGAACUCACUCUCUCUCUUACACACACACGCACGCACACACACACACACACACACACACACACACACACACACACACACACACACACACACACACACACACACACACACACACACAGAAAUAAGACAGAAAACUAGGACCAGAGCAACUGGAGGUCAUUCUGGUGUCCGUUAGAAGACGUUAGUGACACAGAGAAAGCAACAUGGAGAACGGGCGAAGCCAGCUCCAGCAGGCUCAGCAGGAUGUGGAUGAGGUUCGUGAUAUCAUGUUGGAGAAUCUGACCAAGGCCAGCGAGCGUGAGGGGAAACUGGGAGACCUGGAGAACAGAGCUGACCAAUUACUGGAACAGAGCAAGGUUUUUUCCAAAACUGCAAACCAGGUGAAGCAAAAGAAGCAGUGGGAGCACAUGAGGAUGAAGGUGAUCUUGGCAGUUAUUGUCGGAGUCGUGCUGCUAGUGGUCGUCACUGCUGUCACAGCCAUCAUCAUGAGCACAUCGAAGGGAGGUUCCAAUUGACCUGGAGACAAAUGUCUUUGUUUCGGCGGGUUGCUCAGGAAACCACAGUCGGGUCAUAUGUUAAACGGAGGUGGCGGGACUUUUACUAAAGCACCAUAUUUGUCCUGUGCUAAAACCUCAGAGGAUCUAAAGGUACUCGUUGGACUUGCUGUCUUUGCUUCCAUUUCUACAUAAAGUAUCAUCCGUAAGUGGCUUCUGUGACACAUUGAAUGUGAAUAGUUAUCCAAACAGACGUGUAUUGGAGGAUCAGUACAUUGAUCUGAAGGUGAAAGUGAAGAACUUUUCUGUCGAUGCUGGUCACACGGUUACUCUUCAUACUGAGGAAUAGGGGCUGUAGAUAAAUUUCAAUGUGGCGGAGAAGUAACCUCACACAGUCUGUAGAGUCAACACACUUUUAAAAAAAAGGUUCCAUGUAACACACUAAAGUUUGCUCAAGUGUAAAACCACAAACCUUUUAGUCCUCACUGAUUAUGAUGAUGAAAACAGCCAUUUGUAACAAGUAUUCUGCUAAAAUGCUACUAGGAUCUUGUACAAUCUGACUACAAUCUGACAAUCUAACUGAUUUUUAAAAAACCUUCUCACAGGAGCCUUAUGUUCUAAGAAUGAAAGAGAACGGACAGGGAACCUUUUUUCUUAAGAGUGCAAGCUCAUUAUAAUUAUAGCAUUAAAUAUUCUUUUUGUCUGUAGAAGUUAAUUAACCUCCAGAAAAGGCAUUGUUGUUAUUCAGCAUUGCAAACAUUACAGUAUCUGAUGUUUCUGAUGGUUCUAUAUGUGCGUCUGAAAAUUUGUGCUGCUAAUAUAAAGCAUCCUUUUUUUGAGAGUUGUCAGUUUAUUUGUAAGACUGAUGUUUUAUUUUGUCUUAAUAUAAAAUAUAUAGAUUUCUCAUUA